GAGAGCAGAAGAGGAGAAAGAGCGCGCAACUCCUAGCCCAGCCCCUUGGGGCUCCGUGCUAGCAGCCCAAGUUGGAGGAAGGCUCUGCACUUUUGGCGUUCUGGGGCGAUAUCCCCCCUCACCUUGCAGCCAGGCUGAGAAAGGGCUCCAGGGUACCCGCGGAAUGACAACUCUUGCUCUUGCAACCCUCUCCUUCCUUCUCCUUUGGACCCUGCCAGGGCAGGUCCUCCUCAGGGUGGCCUUGGCAAAAGAGGAAGUCAAAUCUGGGACCAAGGGGGUUCCCCAGCCCAUGUCCCCAUCUGAUUUCCUGGACAAGCUUAUGGGGCGAACAUCUGGUUAUGAUUCCAGGAUUCGGCCCAAUUUUAAAGGCCCACCCGUGAACGUGACCUGCAACAUCUUCAUCAACAGUUUUGGCUCCGUCACCGAGACCACCAUGGACUACCGGGUAAAUGUCUUCUUGAGGCAGCAGUGGAAUGACCCACGCCUGACCUACCGAGAAUAUCCUGACGACUCGCUGGACCUUGAUCCCUCCAUGCUGGACUCCAUCUGGAAGCCAGACCUGUUCUUUGCCAAUGAGAAAGGGGCCAACUUCCAUGAGGUGACCACAGACAACAAGUUACUGCGCAUCUUCAAGAAUGGGAAUGUGCUCUACAGCAUCAGGCUGACUCUCCUUUUGUCCUGCCUGAUGGAUCUCAAGAACUUUCCCAUGGACAUCCAGACCUGCACAAUGCAGCUGGAGAGCUUUGGCUACACCAUGAAUGAUCUCGUAUUUGAGUGGCUGGAAGAUGCUCCUGCUGUCCAAGUGGCUGAGGGGCUGACUCUGCCCCAGUUUAUCUUGCGGGAUGAGAAGGAUCUAGGCUACUGUACCAAGCACUACAACACAGGGAAAUUCACCUGCAUCGAGGUGAAGUUUCACCUGGAACGGCAGAUGGGUUACUAUCUGAUCCAGAUGUACGUCCCCAGCCUACUCAUCGUCAUCUUGUCCUGGGUCUCCUUCUGGAUCAACAUGGAUGCUGCCCCUGCCCGUGUGGGCCUCGGCAUCACUACUGUCCUCACCAUGACGACCCAGAGCUCUGGCUCCCGGGCCUCUUUGCCUAAGGUGUCCUAUGUGAAGGCAAUUGACAUCUGGAUGGCUGUGUGCCUGCUCUUUGUGUUUGCUGCCCUGCUGGAGUAUGCUGCUGUCAAUUUUGUCUCCCGUCAGCAUAAGGAAUUCAUACGACUUGGAAGAAGGCAGAGGCACCAACACAUGGAGGAAGAUAUCAUCCGAGAAAGUCGCUUCUAUUUCCGUGGCUAUGGCCUGGGCCACUGCCUGCAGGAAAGGGAUGAAGCUCCAAUGGAAGGUUCUGGCAUUUAUAGUCCCCACCCUCCAGCCUCUCUUCUAAGGGAGGCAGAAACCAUGCGGAAACUCUACGUAGACCGAGCCAAGAGGAUUGACACCAUCUCACGGGCUGUCUUCCCUUUCACUUUCCUCAUCUUCAACAUCUUCUACUGGGUUGUCUAUAAAGUGCUACGGUCAGAAGAUAUCCACCAGGCCCUGUGACUAGGGUGGGGACAAUAGAGUCCAGCUGCUGGCUUCCUGCUUCCACCUGGGUGGGCUUUUCCCCUCCAUUAGAUUCCGUCAGGGGCGUGGACAGUUCCUUCCUGACUUCCCAUUCAGAACUUCAACUAUUGAUCCCAAAGCUAUGUGGGCCUAUGCUGCAUGGUGCCAACGGUGGCUUCACUUACAAAGAUGGCUUAUAUACCCCAAUCCAUAUUUUCUCCAUGCUUUCCCAUUUCAUGAGAUUAAGGUUUGGCUAUGUUCCUGGGGCCAAGAUGGCUUUAUGCCUUUGCUGGAGCCUCUCUGUUUUCUGAUACUUCAGUGGAGAAUACUCAGACCGCCUCUACUAGAUUCUGGCUUUUGUUAUCUUAAUCUACACCGCUCCUCUCCCACCUAGAUCCUGGCCUUUACUGUGCCCUAUGUUCCUCCUGCCACAGGCUCAAUUAUGCAGUCUUUCCCAUCCACAAAUGCUGUCCUGUGUGAUCCAAUCAGGUUUCCUUGACUAGGGGAAGAAGACAAGGUGACAGGUUCCCUACUUCUCAGAAGGGUGGGGACAGUCAUGGGCUGCACCUGGAGUAGGGCAUCACUCUACAAACCAACAAAGAGAUCUUCAAGUCUCGUAGGAAGCCCAACACUAUCAGAAUGGAGGCAGGAACUCUGAGCCUAUCCUUCCAGAUCCACCUGAACUUCCUGAUCUCAGAAAUAUUUGUUGUAUUCCAUAACUAACUACAUGGUGACAGGGUCUGUUAGGCUGCUGGAAUGUAUAAAAAGAGAAAAGUUCUCUAAGGAACUUACUUGAUGAUGCUAGAAAAGUUCAAGAAAAGUGAGAUCCCAGGUAGUAGGACCCAAGAGAAGUAGAAUAUGAAACUAUCCUCAGAGAGCCUUUUGUUGGCUGUGCUUUCAUUUGUUUUUUUGUUUGUUUGUUUUUCUCCCAAGCCUCUUUUUUUUCCCCCCAGGACUCCUCACUUCCAACCUGCACCUUCACCUCAUUUUAUUGAGGAAAUAAUGCAAGGUGCCAAGCAUCAGAGUGGGCUUCAAGGUUCCUAGGGAAGACUCUCAUAUAGAGGACCCCUAUCCUGGACAAACACUGACUUGGUCAACCUCAGGAUAGUACUUGUGAGAGUUAGGGAGCCAUAAGCUAGAGUAUUUAUUCACCCUCUCUUGCCUCCCUUCUUCUUCCACAGUGAGGAGGUAUAUCAGUCAGUUGAAGCUGCCAGAAACGUCAAAGUAGAGAGGAUUAGUAUGGUAGAGACCAUUUCAAGCCUGACAUAACGCUGGGACGGGGUCAGCAUGGACUUGGUACACUGAGUCCUUUGAAAUGAUCCUACUCUGCAGAACUGAAAAAGGAGAGAUUAAUUUGUGGGGCUACCAACUGAAAGAAAGAGGUGAUUAAAUGAUCUUUUAAUAUCUUGUCCUUUUCUCUGGACCUAGAAUAAACAACUGUAUGAGUCCAAUCAUUCCCAUGCCCCCUCCCCCUCUCCCUCUCUCCUUCCUUCCCUCUCUCCCUCUCCCCUCUCCUUUCCUCCCUCCCUCUCUCCUAUAAC